AUGCCUUCUAACGACUUUGUCGGAACUGUAUCCCGCAAAUUUCGAGUGCUUGUGAUCGGUGGCUCCUACGGUGGUCUAGCUGCUGCAUUGGCCCUCAUCGAUCUUUCACAGGGUCGUGUCCCCCGAUUUGACUGCAGCCCUGACUCUAAAGCCCCUGCCCAUCGUAUUCCAAUCCAGAUAACAGUCGUUGAUAAGAGAGACGGCUACUUUCAUUUGAUCGGGUCUCCAAAGGCACUAGCCUGUGAGAAAUUUGCCUCUAAGGCAUGGACCCGGUUCCAGGAUAUUCCCGGACUUAAAUAUCCAGGUCUCGCCUUCAUUCAGGGAACCGUUGCUUCGGUUGAUUUCAACGGCAAAGUUGCCCAUAUUGUCGAUGCAGAGACCAAGAACAACCGGACGGAGCCCUAUGACUAUUUAAUUGCGGGAUCUGGGCUGCGCCGGACCUUUCCCACAGUUCCUCAAUCCUUGCACCGAAAUGACUUCCUCCAAGAAGCCAAAGACCAUAUGUCUGAUGUGAAGCACGCUCGUGAUGGCGUUGUUGUUGUGGGCGGAGGUGCCGUGGGUGUGGAAAUGGCUGCCGAGUUGAAGAUGCUCAACCCACAGCAGAAGGUGACUCUCAUCCAUUCUCGAAAGCGUCUCCUUUCUUCCGAGCCUUUGCCGGAUGACUUUGCCGAACGCGUAUUGUCUAUAUUGCGUGAGACAGGUGUCGAGGUCAUACUCGAGCAACGCGUCAUCGAGACCACGGCUGUUGACGCGGAACACGACACACGGGUCUGGAGGCUCACGCUCAGCGACGGCCGAACACUCACGACUGGCCAUGUCUUGAGUGCCAUCUCGCAAAGCAUCCCGACGUCGACAUACCUGCCAAAGGAGGCACUGAAUCCGGAAGGUUAUAUCAAAGUGCACCGCUCACUACAAUUCUCCGGUGAUAUCCCCAAUGCAGAGCAUCACUGGGCAGUAGGUGACCUUACAGCGUGGGAAGGUAUCAAGCGUUGUGGUGGUGCAAUGCAUAUGGGUCAUUAUGCGGGUGUGAACAUCUACCAGCACAUGCUGGCGGAGUGCACCGGUGCAAAGGCAGACUCUCAAACCCUGGAGCCAUUCCCCUCGGUAAUGGGGCUGGCCCUUGGCAAAAAGGCCGUCAGUUAUUCCCCAGGAGAGGGCACUCGAGAGGGUGAAGAUCUGAUGGAGAGCUUAUUUGGGAAAGACAUGGGACAUAGUAUUUGCUGGAACUAUAUGCGUCUUGGCGAGGUGUACUAG